AAAUGGCCUGCACACGGCUGCCUCUGCUCGUCAGCCUCUCGGCCUUGGGACUCCUGGCCAUGCUGCAGGUGGCCAUGGGGGCAUCAGUGGGUACCAGGAAAACAGCAGAGGAGGCCCAAGAAACCCCAGGACAGAUUUUCAUGCAGGACUCAGAUGCUUCAAAUUUCCUUCAGAAGCGCAGCAGACGGUCCUCCAAAUCCCCAGAUGAGGUCAACGCGGAGAACAGGCAGAGGCUGUGGGCAGACGAGCAGCGCCGGGAGUACCUCGAAGAGCGGAGGAACGAAUAUGAGAACUAUGCGGAGGAGCAAAGAGACGAACAGGAAGAGAGAAGCCGAGAGACCAUCGAGCAGUGGCGCCAGUGGCAUUAUGACGGGUUGUACCCGCCGUAUCUGUACAACCGCCACCACAUCUGACGGCUCCAGAUGAUCCCAUGGCUCCUGAACCCACAGGGCUCUGGAGGGGGGUCCUGGCGUGGCAAACAUGUGUCUCAAUUGCUCCAGCUUGUGCUGCUUUGCUGCUGGCUCUCGGGGACCCACAGACUUGCUCCCCCUCGCUUUGCCCUUGAUACCCCUGCAACAAGGGAACCCCUGGCCUGUAUUCCCCUGCAACUAGCUCUCCCCUGCAGAAUGGCCAGAACCGAGGGAGAACUGGUGCAGUUGAUGUAGUAGUUAGGAAUAAAAACGCAGAGGCAAGA